CCCGGGAAAGCCCUGCAGCCGGCCGCCGGGCGCCCUCGGCCAUGCUGCGCGCGCUGAGCUGCCUGGGUGCGCGGCCCGGCUGCCGGCCCCCUGCCCCGCUGCUGUUGCCCGCGCGGGGCCGCAAGACCCGCCAUGACCCGCCGGCCAAGUCCAAGGUCGGGCGAGUGGCCCAGGCGCCUGAUGUGGACCCUGCGGAGUUCUUCGUGGUGGCGGAGCGUUACCGGCAGUACCGCCAGACGGUGCGCGCGCUGAGGGCGGAAUUCAGUUCCGAGGUGCGGAAGAAGAUGCACGAGGCGCGGGUCGGGGUCCAGGCAGAGCGCAAAGCCCUGGAGGACGCGACUGAGCACAGCGAGCUGAUGGCCUGGAACCAGGCGGAGAACCGGCGGCUGCACGAGCUGCGGAUGGCCAGGCUGCGGCUGGAGGCGCGGGAGCAGGCGCAGCGGCUGGAGGCGGAACAGGCCCGUCGGGCCCAAGAGGCGCAGGCCUGGGCUCAGCUCAAGGAGCAAGAAGUGCAGCAGCUGCAGGAGGAAGUGAAGACCUUCAUCACCCGAGAGAACCUGGAGGCAAAGGUGCAAGCUGCUUUGGACUCCCCAAAGAGCUACAACUGGGCGGUCACCAGAGAAGGGCAGGUGGUCCGGCCACAGCGCCAGGGUCCCUAGGGACCCAGGAAGGAGAACAGCUGCCCAGGGACCAGUGUGUAUGGGGAUAGGAGGGUGGGCCCAAUCUGGAAUAAAGUUGGUGUUUAAUGAA